GCUAGACCCUCCAAAUUAUUACCUAUAGCCCAUCUAUAAUACACAGAGCAGACAGCAUGCACCCCAUUCUCCUUGAUCCGCAAAAUGUCCGCCCCCCCACGCGUGAUGCACCCUCUGGAGUAAUAGCGCCCGAUCAUUUGCCAUCCCCAAAGGCGAUUACGACCCAUCCAUCAAAGCCUGGUGGAGAAAACGCAUCGCUGUUCUUUGUCGGGACAGCGACAACUAUAAUUGAGUGGGCAGGCAUUAGGAUAAUGACAGAUCCUAACUUCCUCCACGCUGGCGACCAUGUUCAUCUCGGUCCAGGAGUCUCAAGCAUGCGACGUACAAACCCAGCCCUUGGUCUUCAUGAACUGCCUCGCAUUGACUUGGUCUUAUUAUCUCAUUAUCAUGGGGGCCACUUUGACCAAAUCGUGGAAGCUUCGCUUCGGCGCGACCUGCCUAUAAUUACCACACCCCAUGCAAAAUCACACCUUACUCAUAAGGGAGCUGAUUCAUUCACUAAUGUUUUUGCCUUGGACCCCUUUGAGUCUCAGAUGAUCAAUAUCAAGAACUCUCUUGGCCCAAGACCCUCUCGACUUCGUGUUACUGGUAUGCCAGGGAAGCAUGUACCCGAAUCUUCGGUCGUGGAAUCCUUGAAUUCAGUGGCUCAUGCAAUUCCCCCUACAAACGGGUGGAUGCUGGAGCUCGGCACAGAGGGCAGCAAUGAGAAUGAAACAGGGUUUGUCUGUGGUUACAGAAUCUAUAUCACAGGGGACACCCUGUUAGUUGAUGAUCUGAAACACAUCGCACAGCGUUACGCCGGUGAGCGCAUUGAUGUUAUGCUGGCUCAUCUAGGGGGGACCACAAUACCAUCACCCUCCUUAGCACCACUUGCGUUACUAGUCACGAUGGAUGCUGAGCAAGGGGUACGGCUGAUUCAAUUGAUACAGCCUGAUCUCACGAUCCCAGUCCAUUAUGAUGAUUACGAUGUAUUUGCCAGUUCGCUGGCUGAGUUCAAAACGGAGGUAGAAAGAGCUGGGCUUGAGAAUAAGGUGGUAUACUUGGACCGAAAAGAGAGGUUCGACUUCGCAGUUGGAGUGCACCCAGGCAAGGGAACGGUGGAUUAAGCGUCACAGACGUGAAGAAUCCUGGAACCCACCGUCCACCAGGCUAGAGUGUCACUCGUUGCGGUUCGGUGCGGAUUGUGCGGUUUUGGUGAUGACACCCUACCAUAACCUGACCAUUGCCAGCCAGGUAGGUUGGGUAUAAAGAAUCUGAUAACCAACGCGGUAUAGGUAGGUUAGAGCUAAAGGUCUACCCUAUGUUAUGCGGUAUCCAGGGGCGCCGGCCGAACCACUCAGCAUUGGCUGUGCUUUGAUGAUUCUUGUAUCUACCUAUUCAUAUAAUAUUUUACUGUGCUAUAAA